AUGCUAAAACAGAAAAAAGAACAGCAUCUAAAAGGGCUAAAUACAAAAAAUACUGAAGACCAUCAACCUUACAAAGAAACCGAUAGACAACUACGAAAAAUGAUAAAACAAGAAAAGAAUAAAACAUGGGAUCAGAAAUGCCAAGAAAUUAAUACAUACAUCGGAGGGAAGCAAUGUACAGAGGUAUGGAAUUUUAUACAAUCAGCAAAAAAUAUAGAAAAAGACAAAGCACACAUACACACCAUAAAACCAAGACAAUGGAAAGAUCACUAUGAAAGCUUGCUGAGCGAACUCCCCAACACAGUCAGUACAUAUACAAGGAGAGGUAGCGAGGGUAGAGAUCGAAACAGUAAGGAAGGCUGUAAUGACCCUAAAGAAUGAAUGGAACUCAUAA